ACGAGUGUUGAAGUGCAAGGUUCAACUUGUCCGCUGUUUAGGUGCCUUGGCUACCACGCUGUGAUGAUAGGCCCCGCUUUACUGAAGUUGCAAGACAUUGCAAGCCAAGAAAUUGCGAGAUACAGCUUUUGAUUGCUGAUAGAUAGGCCUAGUGGACGAUUCUGACUGUCUGCCUGGUGGCCGACCUGCCGAUACUGUGCCCCUCCCCUCUCCGUCCCUCACUAGCUCGCUAUGAAAGAUGAGUGUUUGUGUUCUCCUAAGUACAGCAACUAAUCAGUCUCCUCCGUUCCAAAAAUACUGAAUCUUAGGAGUCUAAUCUUGACACUCAGAAAUGGGCGUUGACAUCGGGCGGCGAAUUGCAAGGAUUUGAGGAAUCAAUUAUUUUGGAGUCGACUUCACCACUACGUCAUCGUUGUUAACAGAAAAAACUAAUGUCAGAGAAAGGCAAGCGACAGCAGCGAAGUCCUGUAUGGCAAUACUUUGAGAAGUUCAUUGAGAAGGAAACGCAAACUUUGUGAGGUGGAAGUUAAGUACAGUAAUGGUAAUACAGGUGCAAUGCUUAACCAUCUGAAAGGGAAGCACUGUGAGACCAAACCGUUGAUGGCAGCAGCUGCAUUGUGAAUUCACGUGGGAUUUAUGCAUUUUAUGCUGUUUAAUCGUUAAGAAAAAUGUUCCACUUGUCACAUCCCUACCCUGGGCACAUGCCCUGUGUGCCUGGUCGGUAUUCAGCCAUGAUUACUAGAAGUUUAGAUCGCUGGCUAGACUAACUUACCAAUCGUAAUUGUUAGCUGACAUGGCUAAUUGAGUGACUGUCAGUGACUGACAUAACAAGAGAAACUGCUGAUGCACAAGCACAUUUUUAAACUGCACCUUGUGUAUUCUACUAUUCUAACUUUCAACAGUAUGCUGAGACCCCACUGAGUUCCUAAAACAGAUAUUUGUAAAAAAGUAUUAUAACUUUUUGGCCAGGGGCCCUAAGCGACCAUCAUAUUGGUGUCAUCAUGCAAUGGAAUUAACACAGUGAACAUGCGUACAAAAUGUUAAAUUGGACAAUAGAUCCCAUUCUCAUGAAUUACUUUUGAGAACCUCGCUUCAAAUUCCGUUAACUAGGCUUACACCGCCCCCCAGUGGUGAUAGAGUGACCGACACCAUUGCAAUGCAGCCCUGUAGCUGGACACGUUGCGAAACAUGCACGCGGAAACUUGCGUGCCCACGUCUCCAGGAUCCAGGGCAGGCUGUCGAUCUCCAACAUGGCGGCGUUAGGAAGAGGAUCUGGUCAUUGACCACAGGAAUGACCAUGCGUCUUCAUAGAUAUUGUUUGUUUGGGACUACGAUAGUUGCAUACUGUGCCGACACAGCUAAGAAGAAGGGGAAUAAGAAGGUGAAGACCCUAUCUCUGACUGACUUCCUUGCUGAUGACAAGGGGGGCAAUGCUCCCACAAGUUACGCUCCCACCAAGCCCACUAGCAGCUGGGCAGACGAGACAGAUGACCUGGAAACAGAGGUGUCCACCUCCUGGCAUACAGAGGAGGAUAUGUACAGGGCCCCGGCCAUCGACCGCUCCAUCCUGCCCACAGCACCCCGUUCAGCCCGGGAGCCAAACGUUGACCGCUCCCGUAUCCCCCGUGGUCCCCCUUACACCGCCUUCCUGGGCAACUUGCCCUAUGACGUCACUGAGGACUCAAUUAAGGACUUCUUCAGGGGUGUGGGGAUCAGUGCAGUGCGUCUUCCUAGAGAGCCCAGUAACCCAGAGAGGCUGAAGGGUUUUGGCUAUGCUGAGUUUGAUGAUGUGGAAUCCCUCCUGAGGGCCUUGAGUCUAAACGAAGAGAACUUGGGAAAUAGAAGAAUCCGUGUGGACAUUGCAGACCAGUCUAAUGACAAAGGGAGGGAUAAUCACUCCAUGGGUGGCCGGGACAGGGACCGAGGGGGAGACUUUGGCCCAGACAAGACAGACUGUGAUGACUGGAGGGCUCCUCGGCCCAGUGGAGGAGAGAGUGACGACGGGCCGCCUCGGAGAGAUGACGCCUUUGGAGACCGGUCACGGGACCGCUACGAGUCAGACAGGCCCAGAGGAGAUGAUCGCUACGGAGGGGGCCAGGACAGGUUCAGGGAUCGCUAUGAUGACCGGGAUCGCAGAGAUGACAGAGGAGGUGGUUUUGGUGGCGGUGGUGGUGGCCGCAGGGCAUUUGGCACUGGUUACAGGCGCGAUGAGGGAGGACAGGAUAGCUACCGGCAGGAUAGCUACCGGCCGGAUAGCUACCGACGGGAUGACUACCGGGUUAGUGGGGAUCGGUAUGGUGACCGUGGUAGCGAUCGAUAUGAGAGACGGGAGGAAAGCCGGGAUGACAGAGUUGCUGUCGAGAGGCCCAAAUUGAUCCUGAAGCCCCGUAGCGUACCCAAAGAGGUGGAGCAGAGCAACACCCCGUUUGCCCCCUCAGGCAGGGCUGCCUCCAUCUUCGGCGGGGCCAAGCCAGUGGACACGGCCGCCAAGGAGAGAGAGGUCGAGGAGAGGCUGAAGAGGGAACAGGAGAAACUGCAGCGACAGCUAGAGGACAGGAUCCCAGACCGCAAGCCCAGAGAGAGGCACCCCAGCUGGCGCAGUGAGGACCAACCUGCAGAACGCUCUCGAACUGGCAGCGAGUCUUCCCAACCAGGCAGCCAGUCUGGCAGAGCCUCCAAGCGCAGGGAGAGCGAGCGCUCGGUGGACAGUGGUCGUGAAGAGGAGCCCUCCCCUGUGACCCUGCCCCCUCCCAGACAGGACGGGCAGCCCCUGAAGGUGGUGCUUGCCCCGCCCCCCAAGGAGAACGCCUGGGCCAAGAGGACCACGCCUGUUGGGGGCUCCAGUGAGGGCUCGGCUGGGCUACCUGUCGCCCCCAGUAGUGACACAGCCCCACAGCUCACCAGCUCCUCAAGCUUAGCUGAUGAUGAGGCGAAUAAAAAAGAGGUCGAGCUCAGCGAAUAAGUACAGUAUGCAGCCUUGCUAUAAUGGACGCAGACCCACAUGACAAUACGGAGGACAAUGCAGACAGAGGUGGAAUGAAAGAAGUGAAGAUGUUUGAUGCCAAAAGAGUGAGAUCUCUGCUCUGCACCAUGACCUGGCUGGAGCAGCACUACAGCUCCCUUCCUGCUAACCUGCUUCAAUAGAAACCCACCCCACAGUGCUGACUGGCUGCACCUUCAGGACUGUACCUAAAUAUAGAGAAAUAAUGACUGGUUUUAAGUAAAAAAGAGACUGGAGGUUGACGUUUUAAUCAUUAUAACAAUUUUGAAAGGUGGGGUUGAGAAAACAUGUAUUGCUACGGGCGUCGUCGCCACCCACCACCAGUCUAAAUGCUGGACUGUAAGCUGUCUGAGCUCUGUAAGCCUGGUUAUGCUAAUGAUGGAGCGCCUGUGUCCAAGAGGGACAGACAAGAGUUUUAAUAAAAGAAAACGGACAAAGUCUCCUUAUUUUAGGGGGCUUUGCUGACAUACCUUAACUUUUAUUUGACUAUGAGGGAAGCAAUGUUUGUGUUCCUCUGAUCAUCAUGUAUAGCAGUCAUUAGCUGCUUCUUUCCAGGGUCUUUCCCAAUACACCGUCAAUGGCUUCCUGCUUCCUUCACAGAAAGGAACCGCUUCCUUGUCUCAUCCGGACCUGCCUGGAGGUCAACGCCAAGGCAACCAUGUCAUGGAAAAUCAUAUGAGCUGUGUGCUAAAUGUUUUGGAGGAAAGCUCUUCACUCACUCUUAUCCAUGGGCCAAGUGUUGACUGGCAUUUAAUGCAGAGGAUGUUUCAGCAUUGUCAUAUGUAACCCCACUAUCACAUGUAACUGAAGAAGGAGAUCUCAUUAAAUGUUUCUGGAUGUU